UUGUACCGCCAGACUUUAAUUCCCUCACAGCGAAAGAAAAUGGAGUUCAGCGGAAGAAAUCAGAAGUUUGCCCUUUACAAAGCCGUUAGCCAGUAUUUGGUUGACGGGUUAGUGGAUACGGCGUUAAAGAAGAAGGUCUCACGAAUGGCUGCAAAUUUCGUUAUAAGAGAAAAUAAAUUAUUCUACAUUGGCCCCAGUGCACAAUUCAUGAGACUGGUUGUGCUGUCUGAUGAGCAGAGGCGGGCUGUCCUGGAGGAGUGCCACAACAACCCUGGCACAGGGAACCAUGGGGGAGUGAGGGCGACCAUGGACAGGGUUGUUGUGGGGUACUACUGGGAUAGCAUAAAGGCAGAUGUGGCAGAUUGGGUCAAAAGCUGUCACAGAUGCCAAAAGAACGACCCAUAAAGACUGUGUCUCCUGCCCUUCACCCUAUUAAGGUGAAAGAGCCGUGGGAGGUGGUCGGUAUGGACCUCAUUGGUCCACUGAAAAAAACCAUGAAAGACCAUCAAUACAUCCUCACGGUGACGGACCUCUUCACGAAGUGGGUUAUCGCUGAGCCUUUGAAGUGUGGCUCCAGCACUGAGGUGGCUGAGGCACUUGUGUCAAAGCUCUACACAUUUGGUAUGGUCCGGAAAAUCAUCACUGACAGGGGCCGUGCAUUUGUUAACGAGCUUAAUGCACACAUAUUUGCGGCGCUGAACAUCAAGCAUGCAAUCACAAGUGCAUACCAUCCCCAGUCAAACGGCCAAGAUGAGAGAACUAAUCAAAAUGUAAAGAGGACUCUCAGAAAAUAUGUGAAUCAGCACCAUGAUGAUUGGGACAUCCACCUGCAGGCCAUAGUUUAUGGAAUAAACACUGCAAAACAGAGAUCCACCAAGUACAGCCCGUACUUUUUAAUGUACAAUAGGCACCCCCGUCUACCACAGGCAUUAAAUAUCUGUGAGACAGACGCUGCCUUUGAAUUGGCAGACCCAGAGGAGGAGCUGGAGCUAAAACUAGCUUUAGUCAAGGCCCUCAAUGAAACGGUACGUGAAAACAUUGAAAAUGCACAGGGGAAACAAAAAAAGGCUUUUGAGGCAAAAAAAAGGAAAGGGGUUCGCCAAUGCUCACUUAAGGCAGGGGACGAGGUCCUAAUUGGGGAGCCCAAAAAGAAGGUGAAGAAGGGAAAUUGUUUGCAGGAUCUCCACCAAGGGCCAUUCACCCUCACAUCCCUGACAGAGAAGGGUGUGGCAAGUGUGGCUAUGUUAGGGAAAAUACAGAAAGUUAAUGUUGCGCAGCUAAGGCCCUACUUUCGGCCACAAGAUCAUGGCCAUGAAUCUGAGGGCAGCCAAAACAAUGCAGAAGACAUUGGACUGGUGGACCACCAGUAUGCCAAUAAAGGUCCACUGUGGUCCAAGAGGUUGUGUCCUCAGCAAGAACAAGUGCUGACCUAUGUGCUGGACAGAACACAUCCAGCAAAAGAAAUUGUUGUUCUGGAUGGUCCAGUUUGUCUUCAAAGGGAGGACUUUUGGAGCCUGGGGCUAGAGGAACAGAUUGGGAAUGCGUGCUUCAGACUGGUAGAGGAGGCAGCCAGGAGACAUGGAAUGGAUGUCCACAUUGCUGACCUAUUUGAAGUCCCUAAAUGGAAACUAAGGGAACCUAGUUUGCCAGACAAUGUGGAAUCUAAAGACAUCAUCAUUUUGCCAGCAUGGUCUAGGGGGUCACAAACAGCAAGCCACUACAUGCUUUGUGUUUUAUUAGUUGCUAAGAAGGAGGCUAUUUUUCUGGACUCAUUAUGUCCAAAUGGGUUUGGAGAUGAGAAAUACCGAAUCAUAUUUAGACAACUUGCAGGAGAAGUGGCUAAUGGACCGUGGGUGGAGAAGACGGGCAAAGAUUAUGAUCCAUUUCCAGUUCAGUCAGAUGGACAGAGCUGUGGGAUAUUCAUGAUUAUGUAUGCCCUCUGCAUCUGUACUGGUGCCAUGUUUAACUUUUUGGAUACUGACAUCCCAUCUAUUCGUAAGUGGUGGUGUAUCCAGAUUCUGGAGAAAUUCUCGAUUGCAAGGCAUGGGCAGAACUUUGGGCAGCGCUUUGCUUUCUGGACAGAGGAGGCAGAACAGCUGAUGGCAGGCACCCUACCACCUAUUUAUAGGAUUUAUCGACCCCAAAUAGUCAAGGAGGAACAGGUAGAAGUGGAGGAGCUGCCCCUCACAUUGAAACAUAUGUACGAGGCAGAAUACAUUGUGAGGAACAGUGUUGGGCUUUUCACUGGCCAGAUGCAAGAGCCAACAUACAUGUUCAUGGAUCAUGAUGACCGAAGGGAAGCAUGGAGGGUGCUGGAGUCAAUGCAGUGCGAUGCUAUGGAGCCCUUCACAUUCAUUUUUGAAAAAAUCAAGGACAUGGAAACCUUUAUGAUUAUUUGCAAAGACACCCUCAACCUGAGAGUAAAUGCUGGAGUUGGCCUGCACAGUGACCCACACUCUGUGUGAGUGUGUGUGAGAGGGUGUGUGUGUGUGUGAGAGAGAGAGGGGGGGGGAGUGUGUAUGUGAGAGAGAGG